ACAGAAAACAAAAAGAGGAGAAAAAGCCCGCUCGGCGCUAUGAAAUUCAAAUUCUAGGGUUUCCGCUCCUGCAAUUCCCAGUCGAAGAGGACGAAGACGAAGAUCGAACUUCAAUCAAUCUCCGAUCAAACUCCGAACCAAGAAGAAGCAACAAUGGAGAAGUACGAGAAGCUCGAGAAGGUCGGCGAAGGCACGUACGGGAAGGUGUACAAGGCCAAGGACAAAUCCACCGGCCAAUUGGUCGCUCUGAAGAAGACGAGGCUCGAGAUGGACGAGGAAGGCGUUCCUCCGACGGCUCUCCGGGAAGUCUCUCUCCUCCAGAUGCUCUCCCAGUCUCUCUACGUCGUCCGCCUCCUCUGCGUCGAGCACGCCGACAACCGCAAGGACGCCUCUAAGCCGCCGAAGCCUGUCCUCUACCUCGUCUUCGAGUACCUCGACACCGAUCUCAAGAAAUUCAUCGAUUCUCACCGCAAAGGCCCCAAUCCGAGGCCACUUACCCCCAGUUUGAUCCGCAUUUUCCUCUACCAGCUCUGCAAGGGCGUCGCGCAUUGCCACUCCCAUGGUGUUCUGCACCGCGAUCUCAAGCCGCAGAAUCUGCUUCUCGAUAAGGAGAGGGGGAUUCUCAAGAUCGCCGAUCUAGGACUCGGCCGCGCCUUCACUGUGCCGCUCAAGAGUUACACGCAUGAGAUUGUUACUCUUUGGUAUAGGGCUCCCGAGGUCUUGCUUGGAUCGACGCAUUACUCCACCGGCGUUGACAUGUGGUCCGUCGGUUGCAUUUUCGCCGAGAUGGUAAGAAAGCAGGCUCUGUUUCCUGGAGAUUCGGAAUUCCAACAAUUGCUUCACAUUUUCAGGCUGCUAGGAACACCCACUGAGAAGCAGUGGCCAGGAGUGAGUACUCUGAGGGAUUGGCAUGUGUACCCGCAAUGGGAGCCACAGAACUUGGCUCGUGCUGUUCCUUCUCUUGGAGGAGAUGGAGUUGAGCUUCUUUCGAAAAUGCUGAAAUAUGAUCCAGCGGAGAGAAUUUCGGCCAAAGCAGCGUUAGAGCAUCCUUACUUUGACAGCCUUGACAAGUCUCAAUUCUAAAGUUCAAUGGCCAAGACAACAUAACAUAAUCUUGAAGUUUAUCUGUCUGGGGUAAUAUGGUAGUUACCAAGAUAAUAUGGUGUGAAGUCACUUAUCAUCAUCUUGGUGAUUCCAAUAUAGGAUAUGUUGUUUGCCGUUUGCAUUGUGUUAUAGAUAUCUGUUUUCCGGUAAAAAGAAGUUAUAUAUAUUUUCCUUUUAUUUUGGCAGAAGUUUUUGAAUCGUGAUGUGAUGAAGUAUCUUGGGUGAUUGUAAACACGGAGGGUUUUAGAAGAUGAACAUCCACAUAAUAUUUAUAUUUUUUCGUAACACAUUUAACAUUUUCUGUCAUAAUUUGAAUAACACUAUUUUAUUUCUACUAUAGUUGUAAAUUUAUCUCAU